AUGUCCGAAGUUAAAGUGUCCCUGAAAGCCGGUAGAAAGAGGAGAAGAGCGGUGAGGCAGGAGUCAGAUGUGGAGUCAGAAGACAGCGAGUCUCAUUCUGUGGAUGGGGACUCUGAUGAUUCCUCCUCUUCAGAAGAUGAAGCGAGAGAAAGGAAGUUCCUGUUUCCAGUGGAAGAUACGGACAAAUUACUAAAAGUUAUUCUAUCUACCCUGGAGUUAGAGGACACCAGGGAGGAUAGAUCAGUGGAAGUUGCCUGGAAAUUACUGCUUUAUGAGAAAGAAGAAAACCUGUUUCCAUUGAGAUGGGGUGAGGUCAUUCCCCAGAUCACGAUUCCAGGCGUGGCAGAAGGAGGGGAGCUGGUCAGAGGUCUGGAGAACAAGCAAGUUGUAAAUGGUGGAAAUGUCCCUGAAGACAGCAGAGGGGGCAAGACACAUUUGUUCAAACACCUUGAUUCCGCUAUUGAUAAGGAAGAUCAGGUACGAGGAAGCAAGAGUGAUCCUAAUAGCGCCCUUCUGGCCGAAGAGGGCAUGGUUUUCCCUUUUGAGAGCCAUGUCAGUUUCGGACCCAUGGAUUCUGCCAGGGAUCCCAAACCUGUUGUCGCAGGGUCCAGUGUUCCACCCGGAAGUAGAGUCUCUACACCUUUCGGCGUGGAAUUUAAAAGGUCAUUUUUAGCCAGUCAGGGAUUUUCAAAGGAAGUCAUUUCCACUCUAAUGAAAAGUAGGAAAGAGCGGCAGUUCCGUGUUAUUACACUUUCCUCUCCCAUUCAAAUGAACGGAAGAGAAGGUGUAAUUACCCUGCAUCGGGACUACAAGGGUGAUGGCAUGCAGACUAAUUCACACCUUUUCUCCCUUUCUCUGACAUACAGUGCAGUGGACACAAAUCCAUUAUCUGUAUAUGUUAUGCAGCAUGUAUGGAACAAAGUUGUACAGGUAGUGCCGCUUUGGAUUGCUCCUAACAUGUUAACUUUCUCUGGAUUUCUGAUGAUUUUAGCAAAUUAUAUCUUCUUGUUCUAUUAUGAUUGGGACUACACAGCAUCAGUUAUUGGCAAUCAGCACAUUCCUAACUGGAUUUGGAUCUCUGCUGCUUUGGGAAACUUUUUGGCUUAUGCAUUAGAUUCAAUUGAUGGAAAACAUGCCAGAAGGACUCAGUCCAGCAGCCCUUUGGGAGAGUUAUUUGACCAUGGGCUUGACAGCUGGACAGCAUCUAUAUUUCCACUGUCUUUGUUCUCAAUAUUUGGAUGUGAUUCAGGAGAAGCUGGAUUAUCACCAAUGAAGAUGUAUUUAGUGACUAGUGUUGUACUAUUCACCUUUAUGCUGUCACAUUGGGAAAAAUAUAACACUGGGAUUCUCUUUCUUCCAUGGGCAUAUGAUAUCAGCCAGUUGUCAAUGACUUUGGUUUACAUCCUCACUGCAAUAGUUGGAGUAGAGACUUUCCAUAAACCAGUGCUCCCACAUGUAUACAUGACUGAUUUUUUAAUUACAUUCCUUGUAGGAUGCAGUUUACUAAUCGCCCUUCCCCAGACAUUGUAUAAUAUUGUUAUAGCUUAUCGCCAGAAAACCCUGCUGAAGGACUCUGUUUAUGAAGGACUUUUACCAUUAUUUUCUCCUUCGAUUUUAUUUAUUUUGCUUACUAUAUGGACAGUUUUUUCUCCAUGUAAAAUCCUGGACAGACAGCCAAGACUAUUUUUAUGGAUGGUUGGUGUACUCUUUUCAAAUGUGACUUGCAGAGUUAUUAUAUGCCAGAUGAGUAACACCAAAUCUGAAGUCUUCCAUUGGCUCCUUUGGCCAUUGACUCUAGUGGUCGGUCUAGCCGUGUCUGAAUAUCUUGGGAUGCUGGAAGAGCCUACUUUCUUUGCCAUGACAGCUUUUGCUACUGCAGCUCACAUUCAUUAUGGAGUUUGUGUGGGGAAGCAGCUGAGCAGACAUUUCCAUAUUUACGUAUUCUCUCUAAAGAAGCGGGAAAUCAUCUGACAAAAACUUUCACCAUUUAAAUGCCUACCUUGAAGAAAUAUGAAGCCUGAAAAUCGAAAGACU